AUGUCUGCCAACAACACCAACAACACUCCACCGGCGUAUCCAGCACGCGUCACUUGGAUCCUGCGGCCAAUCAAUUUGGUCAUGAUCAGAGACCCGGCCAUCAACGGAGGCCGUACUUUCUUCGUGCCUCUGGUACCACCACCGCCGCCACCACCACCACCACCACCACGCCGCAUAAGUCUCAUUAUGCGGCCAAUCGGCAUGGUCUUGAUAAAAGACCCCAACAUCAACGGAGGAGUUUCGUUCCUCGUGCCGCUCAACGACGGGUACCCGCCGGCACCGCCGCCUUCCCUCGCCGGGGAAUAA